AUGACAAAUCGAGCCUUUUGUUCUGUUACUGUUCUCCUUCUGAUAUUAACAUUUUGCCACUCUCAAAAUGUAAAUUAUCAAUGUAACUUCGACAAUGAUAUGACAGGUAAUUGUCAAUUCAGACUAACAUCAGGAGGAGCUAAUAAUUUGGCCUUGACAAAUGGCAAUAGUUCUGGUGGCAAUCCUACUCAACCCUUAUCUGAUGUUACAGCUGUUCAAUCACUUACUAAACCUAACAAUAAACCCUGCAAUUUUCCAUAUAACUAUACACCAGGAAACUGGCAAAUGUAUUUUUGUCGACGCUAUUCUGCUACUAAUUAUUCUUGUCCAACGAAUUCUGGUUUGGGACAAUGUGCUAUGGGAAAAUUUGCCGGCAUAAGAGCAUCAGCUACUACUGGUGCAUAUAAUCAAACAUAUGUAACUGAUGUUAAACAAAGCUCAAGUGCUAUUCAAUGUCUUGAUUUCUAUUACUAUAUACCUGGAAGAACGAGCAAUCCUAAAAUACAAGUAGGAUGGAAAGCAGGUGCAGACACACAACAAAUAGUCCAAUUGCCAGCACCUUCAGAAAACAGAUGGCAAAAUAGUCGGAGGAACUUUACAGCUCCUUCAUCAUCUUCUUAUCAACUUACAUUCAGAAUGAUGCGUGAUGCGGGAAGUGGUAGCCAUGUCUUUGGUUUGGAUGAAAUCAAGAUCUAUGAUCAACCUUGUGAUUCUAGUUCGACAACAACUACAUUCACUACAUCGACUACCACUACUCGAAUAGGCACAACUACUUCUGUUUUACCAGAUACGACCACUCCUAUGCCAACAACAACCACUCCCAUACUACCUGAUACGACCACUCCUAUACCAACCACAACCACUCCUGUAUUACCCGAUUCGACCACUCCUGUGCCAACAACAACCACUCCCAAACUACCUGAUACGACCACUCCUAUACCAACCACAACCACUCCUGUAUUACCCGAUUCGACCACUCCUGUGACAAUGACAACGACAUCAACAACCAUGACAGUAUCUACUACGUCUACCAAUUCCGAAUCACCUGUAGUUACGCAAGAUGUUGAAGAAACAUCAAGUUCAAAUAUUCCAGUUGUAACAACGGUACACUUAUAUAGAAAAGAAAAACUAUCAAUAUAA